AUGGAAGCACCGUCAUCGAAAAAAUUAUGCUGCACCGUUUGCGUCCACACGGUCAAGAGCAUCCCGGUGAUAUUUAUUUUGUGCAUUCUCGCUUGGUCGUAUUAUGCGUACGUCUAUCACCUGUGCCUCAGUCGAGUUACGUCCGUCGAACUGUCGGUACCGUAUCUGCUAGUGUACCACAUAAUACUAGUGUUGUUCCUAUGGUCGUACUUCAAAACGAUUUUCACAGAGCCAAGUGGCGCGCCACCUAAUUUCAGAUUACCAGAAGAAGUAUUUGAAGAGUUCAAUAGGAAUCCUAUAGACUUGAGCAGGCAAAGCGCCAUUUUACGUAAUUUUGCUGAAAACUUGCCUAUCAUGACGUUCACAAAUACCAAUGAUAUUCGUUUCUGUGAUAAAUGUAAAAUAGUCAAGCCAGACAGAUCACACCAUUGCAGUGUGUGUCGUAAAUGUGUGUUAAAAAUGGAUCACCAUUGUCCAUGGGUGAACAAUUGUGUCUCAUAUUCCAACUACAAGUAUUUUAUAUUAUUUUUGGCCUACGGUCUUUUAAUGUGCAUUUAUGUGGCUGCUACAACAAUUGAAUAUGUUAUCAAGUUCUGGGAUAUUACUACAGAUAUGCGAAUUCAAGAUGGAUCAUAUAAAAUACAUAUAAUAUUCUUAUUUUUUAUUGCUUCAAUGUUUUCAUUAAGCUUAUUCUCAUUGCUUGCAUAUCAUAUCUACCUGGUUUCAAAAAACAGAACAACUUUAGAGUCUUUCCGUCCUCCUAAAUUUUUGGAAGGUAGUGAUAAAAAUGGAUUCAACUUGGGAUGCUGCAGAAAUAUACGAGAAGUGUUUGGCAAAGAAGUUCUUCUGUGGCCUUUUCCUAUAGACACACGUUUGGGGGAUGGUGUAAUUUAUCCGUUGGCGAGCGACCUGAAGUCUAAUGAUAGUGUUAGGCAAUCAUCAAACAAAUCCAGGACACCAUUUACCGUUUAG